GACGGAUCGGGUCACCUGUCCCUAAGGAUGGCAGCCAACUAUAUAAUUAUCCGCCAAGCCAGUUCUACCACGAUUCCCUGGCUACUUCAACUUUCUCUUAGUCUCUUCAAAGACAAGAUCUCACAAUAUGUUUACAAACAUCUGGAUUCUGAUAACCAUCCUGACGGCAUCCGCUGCACCGGGCGUACACGCACAGAAUGCAUUCUCAGGGGCUGUCGGAUUUGGAGCCAUCGCGACUGGCGGUAACAGUGGAACCACAUAUCAUGUUACGAGCCUGAACGACUCAGGCACAGGAUCAUUCCGCGAUGCCGUCAGUGCAUCUGACCGGAAUAUAGUCUUCGAUGUAUCCGGUUAUAUCGUCUUGAGUUCUGCAGUCUCCCUCUCCAGUUCUAUCACCAUCAACGGUCAAUCGGCACCUGGAAAUGGUGUUGGCAUCAUGGGCGCAGAGGUUUCGGCUAGCGACAAGAGUAAUAUCAUCAUUCGCAACUUGCGCAUGCGCCAGGGAAACCUUGAUGACCAAACCGGCAAGAGCGCUUUCAAUAUGGGCGGUUCGGCAAACGUGAUUUUGGACCACUGCUCUAUCGAAUAUGGCCAAUGGGACUCGGUCGACGCCGUGGGUGCUGUCAACAUUACGGUAUCCAACUCUAUCAUCGCCCUCCCCAUCGGCCAACAGUUCGGCGCCCACGUGGAGACGGGCCCGUCGACCUUCUACCGCAACCUCUGGGUCUCGGCGCACAACCGCCAGCCCCUAUCCAAGGACGACACGCAGUAUAUCAACAACGUCGUGUACAACUACCAGGCGGCCUACACGGCCGGCAACACGGGCGGGUACUUCUCGCACGACAUCAUCGGGAACUACUUCAUCGCCGGGCCAAGCACGAGCACCACCAGCGAUGACUACUACCAGAUGAACGACAAGCAGAGUGUGUACGCCUCCGGUAACUAUCUGGACGGCGACAAGGACGGCGCGCUCAGCGGCAACGCUGCCGAUACGGUCGGAAGCGCCCUGGUGCUCGACUCGCCAUGGGCCGGCGACUCCUGGAGUCUUGCUACCCUUUCCGCUGCCGAUGCCGUCACGUACGUCCUUGCUAAUGCGGGUGCUUCGCCGAGGGAUGAGGUCGAUACCUAUGUCGUGAGCACGGUGAAGUCAUACGGAACGAAUGGAACCCUCAUAAAAGACCAGGCGAGCACCGGGUUGAGCAACAACGGAUAUGGAACUCUCAGCUGACGAGACACCAUAUUUCGCUCUCGGGAACGUUCAAGAUCCAGCAUAUGUGGCUUUAGUGAUGAGCGAG